AUGGGCGUAUCUGGAACAAACAAUUCUCAAGAUUCUUCAGUUAAAAGUGAUCUUAUUAAUAUGAGUAAAAAAAACGAUCCAAUUAUAAAAGUCCUGGAAGAAAAAGAGCGUAUUAAUGAGCCAGAUCGUCACGCAAGAGAUUUAUCAAUCUACACUUUAGAAGACGGUACAACCGUGUCAACGAAGGAUCGUGCUGUCAAGAGUGUCCCACCAAUUGCCCCAGUUCCAGCUAGAGAUGAUCAAGUGUUUGAUCCAAACACGGGGCUACCAAAUCAUGAGUUUUUAAGGGAACAUUUCAAAAGAGAAGGUCGAUUGACUGAAUCCCAAGCUUUGAAGAUUCUGGAUAUGGCUACUGUUUGUCUUUCGAAAGAGCCAAAUUUAUUGCAUGUGCCUGCCCCUGUUACUGUAUGUGGGGAUAUACAUGGUCAAUAUUAUGAUUUAAUGAAGUUGUUUGAAGUUGGUGGUGAUCCUGCAACAACACCUUAUCUGUUUCUUGGUGACUAUGUAGACCGUGGUUCAUUUUCAUUCGAAUGUUUAAUAUAUUUAUAUUCAUUGAAAUUAAACUUUAACGAUCAUUUUUGGUUAUUAAGAGGCAAUCAUGAAUGUAAGCAUUUAACUUCCUAUUUUACGUUUAAAAACGAAUGUUUACAUAAAUAUUCGAUGAAAAUAUUUGAUGCAUGUUGUCAUUCCUUUAAUUCUUUACCAUUAGCUGCCUUAAUGUCAGAACAAUAUUUUUGUGUUCAUGGUGGGAUUUCUCCUGAAUUAAAACAUGUGAAUGAUGUUAAUAAGAUUAACAGAUUUAGAGAAAUUCCUUCACGAGGUCUUAUGUGUGAUUUGGUUUGGGCAGAUCCAAUUGAAGAUUACGAUGAAGAAGCUGAUAUUGAUAGCCUAAACAAAUUUGAGCCUAAUACCGUCAGAGGUUGUUCUUAUGCAUUCACUUAUAAAGCCUCCUGUGAGUUUUUACAAAAUAACGGUCUGUUGUGUAUCAUUAGAGCUCAUGAAGCUCAAGAUGCAGGAUACAGAAUGUAUAAAAACACGAAAACGUUAGGGUUCCCAAGUUUAUUGACUUUAUUUAGUGCUCCAAAUUAUUUGGAUACUUAUAAGAAUAAAGCUGCUGUAUUAAAAUAUGAAAAUAAUGUUAUGAAUAUUCGUCAAUUUAAUGUGUCUCCUCAUCCUUAUUGGUUACCUAACUUUAUGGAUGUUUUUACUUGGUCCUUGCCAUUUGUUGGUGAAAAAGUUACUGAAAUAUUAUUAUCGAUCUUAAAUAUAUGUACGGAGGAAGAAUUAGAAUUAGAAAAUGUAUCAUCUACUCCUAGCAUAACAUCUACUUCAGAUGGCAGUAGUAGUAAUUAUGUACCUUCUCCUUCACCAAUUGCUAAGAGAGAUUCUCAUUCCCCUUUACCAGCAAUUCCCGGAACUGGCACUCCUCCUCCUGUACCGCCAAGAGAAACAUCCCCAUCAUUAAUUAAUAAUUAUAAAAACGAUGUUGAUAUAAAUACAAGCUCAUCAAUUUUAGAUGAUAAGAAUAGAAGAAGAGCAUUGCGUAACAAGAUAUUGGCGAUUGCUAAAGUAUCACGAAUGUAUUCCGUAUUGAGAGAAGAAAGUGAUAAAGUUCAACAUUUGAAAGCAAUGAAUCAAGGUGUGUUACCUAAGGGUGCUUUAGCCCAUGGUUCUACUAGUUUAAACGAAACUUUAUCUGCUUUUGAAAGAGCCAAGAGAGAUGAUAGAAUCAACGAAAGGCUACCUCCUUCGAUUGAAGAAAUGCAAAAAGAACAAGAGAAAUAUUUUGAAGAUAUCAAAAAAAGAAUUGAGCAAGAUGAUAAUGAAUGA